GGAGGAGGUGAGGGGUCAGCAGCAGGCAGGUGGCAAUGGUGGAAGGUGCAGGAAGGCAUUGAGAAGGCUGCAGUCCAGGGGAAGCGUCACGUUUCUCAGGACUUGACUCUUCAGUGUUAAGUCAUGCAUCAUGGUGGAUGCCUAAAAUAGAAGACUGUCAUGGCAACAUGGGUGGAAGGGAAGCCUGCCCCAACACCAAAGAAUACCUUGAGUGAUGUGAAUGAUAUUGUAAAUGAGACAAAAUCUCCAUGGUCUAGCCCUCUUUCAGACGCAAGCAAUAAAGCCCUUGAGCCGGUGACUCCAGUUUCUCCCCACAUAUUUGACAAUGAAGGCAAACUGAAUUAUAAUUUGGGCUCAGUAACCAAACCUGUAACAGGACCAAAACCAAGAUUUACUCCAAAACCAUUUUCUUUGGAAAAGUCAUCAGUGCCAUACACAUCACUAGGGACCACACAAGCUCCUACAGCUCUGAAGCCUAUAAGUGUUACUUCUACGUUAACGCCAUCAGGGAAACUGGCUAUAGAUACAGAUGAUGCAAAAGCAAGCUUCAGGGACCCAGAGGCAAAACAUGCAUCAAGUGGAACUAUGUUGUCCGUUUUGUCUUCCUUUGCUCAAAAGUCUUCAAUAGAGUCUGACAAUGUCCGUUGGAUGAAGGCAGGCAAGUCUCAGGUUGGUGAAACAUUGCUUGGCUUGCAUUUGACACCGAAACAUAGCAAUGUGGUGGUUCCUUCUUCAACCAUGACCUUGAGUUCUGAAAAAUUGACAGAGGGAACGAGUAAACAUUCUGAAACAAAACCAGCUACAGUCGUCAUUUUAGAAACUUCUGUGCAGAAGUUAAAAUCAAAGAAGUCCAGUGAAGGUCUUAAAGAUAUUGGGAAUUGCAGAGAUAGUUCACAGGAUCAAGAGUUGCAUGGGACCAUGCAACCUUUUCAGUUAUCUAAGCCAUCCAGGAAAUACAGCCCAAGUGCCACUCAAGGAUUUGGGACACCAAAAGCCGCAUCGCUAUCAAGAGCUACUUCGUUGGGAUUUUUGGGGAAAUGGGACCAGUUUACAGAGGAAGAUAAAUACAAAAUAGGCAAAGAAAAGGAUAGAACUGAAAACACAUCUUCACCCAGGGUCCAGUUAAGGAAACCUAGACCAUUAUCUGCUUGGCUUCCUGGAACCACAGAUGACCAGAAAUCAGAGUCUCCUUCAGAAAUCACCAUAAAACACGAUGAAAAGCCUUCUACCCUUGAAAAGACUUGGCUCAAAAAACCCAGGCCUUUAUCAGUGGAUCUUACAGCCAGAUUUGAAGUUUCUGCUCACAAGAGAAAUAUUUCUCCAUCAGAGGAUGGUAAAGAAAACGUUCCAAUUAUUAAAGCUGCUAAUGCUCUGCCCUCGGACACCAGACAUGAUACAGUAGUUGAACAGGAAGAGCCAGCAGCAGUGGCAGCAAAAUGCUGGUCUUCAGCUUCUCCAGAUGACAAUGAAGACGAGACAAACAGUUGCUUUUCUGCUGCUAAAAAUAAAUUUGAUAAAAGCCCAAAGAUGAAUAUCAGUGAAAAAACUGUCAAUGCACUCACAUUGUGUGAGGGAGACAAUAAAGAGAAAAUUACUUCCCCAGAAAGAAUGAUUCUGUUGGAAGAUGACACGAAAGACACCAAAAUCAGUGUGGUUCAAGGGGAAGAGGAAAAGGAAGAAAAAAUAUCUACUACCUCAGUAAGAAGUGAAGAAGAGAAAGUGGGAACUGACCACAAGCAACUUAAGAGUUGGACACCUAAGGAGUUGGAUAAAGAAUGUUCUGAUCUGCAUCGAACUUCAGAUGGCGAAAACUCCUCUUUGGGCUCCGAUGAUCGAGGAAGUAAAGGAAAUAAAGUUUCUGGUGGGAUAAUUAAAAGGCGUAUAAGUCUCCUCUUAGAUUCUGCCAGCAGUAGCGCAGCAAAAACAGAUUGUCCACAGUCUACCACUGAGACAGAAAAGAUAAACAUUCCUGUCAGGCUGCGAAUUAAAAGCUUUAGUUCAGAGAACAAUGAUUCCAAGCGGGAACAACUCCGAAGUUCCCAAAGGCGAUCAAUUCAGCCAAGGCCACUCCCAUCAGAUAUAACAAAAAGGUUUGAGACUCGAACAGUCGACGAUGACAGUCAUUGUGAAAAGCAGAUGGAUAUGGUUGUCUCAUCAUCUCCAGAACACUCGGUCGUGCAAAACACUAAAGAACAAGGAGGGAGGGAGAGCCUAGAAAAAGAAAAUGAAGAUAAAAUGGACAAGGCAAAGAAUGAACAGUUACACUUGAUGGACACUGCCACUGAAUUUAGGUGGAGCCGACGUCAGUCGGUGAAGAAUGUGAGCAAAGCAUUUGAUAACCUUGCCACAGAUGAAAAAACUCACUCUGAGAAAAUAAGUGGGCAAAACAGUUUCAACAGGAAGGCUGAGGAGAUGAAGAGGCAAAUUAAUGACACCAGUGUGCCUGUGGAUGUUGCUUCAAUGACUAGGGUUGACACUGAAAGUUCAGAUGGGCAGCAAACAGCCAACGCAUCGACAGACUCUGACUUGUGCAUAAAAGCUGUAAGAGUCUCCGUUAUUGAAAAUGAGGUCCGGCGUCACAAGGUACGAGAGUUUUUACAUUCAGAAGAUCCCUCGUACACCUGCUUUAAUAAAGGCAAGAGAUCAGAACAAACUGCCCACUCUGGGCAGAUCAAUUACACUACUAUGAAAACAGCAGCUGAGGUGAUGUAUAGUGAUAAAGAGGCCAGUAAAACUAAACCUUUGGAGCCUGAAGCUGCUGCCAUAGAGGGGCGAAGAAAGGCCUAUUUCAAGUCAGAGGAGGAAAGAGUUUCCAGGUCUUUAGUAAAUACUCCUCCUUCCUCAAAGGUUACUGCACAAAAUGUUUCUGGUUUGUUAUUCCUUACAAGCCAUGGUAAAAUUGAUACUUGGCAAGAUGUAAGUGAAAAAACAGACAAUUGCUUCCUCCUUACAACAUCUGAAGACAAAGUCACAACUCGCCACACCAGGAAAUCACAUUCUAUGAUGGAUCGUACAAAUCGUAAAGAAAAUGUUUCUGACCCAAAGAGACAUUGGAAUCCGUCACUUCCAGCCGAGAACAGUUCAACUCUGGAGGCACCAAAUUCUCAAAUAAAAGUAGCUGAGGUGCUGAAUACUGUUCAAAAUCAGUCACCUCAUAUUGAGGUGCGAACCACAGCCAAAGUGGACUCGGAUAAAGAUGGAAAGAAACAAAUGAAAAUGGUUCAACUCAACUCCCACUGUAACACCAAAGUGUUACUUACUUCAAAAGGCAGCCCCAGAGAUUUUGGUUUGAAAAAGGACAAUGAAGCUGCCAACCAGGAGCUCCUCCCCUCUGCUGGGUCCAUAGAUGUGAAAGAUUCAAAGGGCAGUGAUAAUGUAGAUGGAUGUAAAGAAGCAAAAAGGUUGCUACGAGGUGAUGGAACUAUAGAAUUCAGUGGGAAGGGCCUUCCAAAGGAAGGGAGGGACAAGAGAAGGAAAAAGAUUUCUUUGGAGCCCAACUCUACAACCUGUGCAACAGAUCACAUCUCUGAUUGUUCUACUGGGACCAGUUAUGUGAAACACAGAUAUACAACUGAGCUCUUGUCCACUUCUGACUGUUGGCCAGUCGAUAGAUCAAAAGAAGGAUUCUCUGAAGAGAACUCUAAAAGUCAUCCUAAAUUUCUCAUUCCAGAAAAACCUAAAACAACCCUGUUGUCUGAAGAAUUUCUUGACAUGCCAUGGUCAAACAGUGAGGGUGAUGCUUCAAAGGAAAGCCAUGCAGUGAAACAGCCCAAAAUGGUAGACUCUGAGAAGCCAAGAAAGGAUAAGGGCACUUCCUCGCGUAACAGGCACAGUAUAUUAGACCUUGAUGUUUUGAUGGCAGAUUAUAGAAAAGAAGUAUCUAAAAGAAAUGAAGAACCAAAGCCUUCUUUUUAUCAUGAUAAAAUGGAUAACCACCAUUCCAGUACUUGGCAAAAAGAUUACGAAGAACAAUUAUCCAAAAAGAUGAUAAAAUCUGCUGAUCAGGGUCUUGGAAUAUCAUCCUCUUCAGGUAAAAGCAAAGGUACAUCUGAGAUGCUGAAUAAAAAGCAUUUGCACCGUAAUAGUGUCCUGGACCUAGAUGCCUUGAUGGCUGAAUAUAAAAAGGGAAUGCCAGAACCUGUAAAGGUUGACCAUCGGACUGUCAGGUCAAAGUUAGCUGAUGGAAUAUCUCCAACUGUGAAAAUUCAGAAGAGCUCAUCGUUCGCUUUCCACGAAGCGAAGACCUAUCAGAAAAAUGAUCAAAUGAAGGAACUCCAUGGUGAAGAAUAUCAUAGAGAUACCUGUGAGAGUGUGUCUGCUGAUGUAAAGAGGCGGUCCAAGGAUGAGAAAAGGAAAAGCCGACCAUCCUCAGCCUAUAAAGAAUAUGAUGAGUUGGAAAAGUGUGAUCUUCGUUCAAAUGACCAGAAGUCAGAGAGUAAACGAAUCAAUGAAGUGGAAACUUUGACCAGUACACCAGCCAACUUGAACAAGCAGUCCAAGCAUGAAAAAAAGAAAAGCAGACCAUCCUCGAUGUAUACAGAGCACAGGGAACUGGAACAGCCCGAGCUUCGUACUGAUGGACAAAAAUCUGGAAACAGAGAGAAGGGAAAACCUAGAGAGGAUGAUCACAGUGAAUUAAGGCCAAGACAUAGAAAGAAUAGGGGCGAAGAAAGAAAAUCAAGAAUAACUUUUGUUGAGACAGACAGUUCAACCCAAGUUUUUGAUAGUCAUUACCCUGAUGGCAAAGCUGGCAUCUUGGACUAUUUGCUCAGUUCAAGGAGGCCAGUUCAUGGUUCACCACACCUCGUAUUAGAGAAGGAGAAACCAGUUGAGAUAUCAGCUGAUAACAGGCUCUGUGCAGAAGUAGAGCACAGACCAGCAGACCAUAAAGAGGAACCUGAACAGAAAUCUCCUAGGGUAAUAAAUGAGUAUCUGAAAGAUCUAAACCAGUUUGUCCUAGAACCUAAGACAUCAAGGCCUUUUGAAAGUCACAGACAGAGACAAAAGGCAGUCGAUGGUCUGUUAAUGAAUCAAGAAGGAACAUCAAACUCUAGGAACCACGACGGAAGAAAGAACUACUCAACUGGAGAAAGUCAAAGCCGAGUAACAGAAACUUCGGUACACACAAUGUUGUCAAUGGCAGAGAAUAAGAUGGAUUCUCACUGCAUGGAAAGGGAACAACUUCUGGACCUCCCAAGCAAGAUUCAGAGGAAAAUCGGGAAUAUGAUUCAGUUGACCUCGAAGACCAAGAAACAAAAUGAGAAGGAAGUGUAUUCCAGGCGCAGUGCACAACAGGAGAAAAGCCAAGACCACAACGUGGACAGGGUGAAGCAGUGCUGUAUAAGCCCUUCCGCAAAGGCAAAGGACACCGAUGCCCUAGUACAAGAGAGAGACCAGUUUUGCAACUGCGAGGAGAGAGAUCAAUAUGGCACAUAUGAAGAGAGAGAGUCCAGCACAAAUGAAGAGGAUGACCCAUACAACAAACAGCAGGAGCGUAAACAAAGCAAGCAAGAAAAUUAUAGGCCAGUGUCACCCCACAAGGAACCCGUCUCCAUGCCGGCUGCCUCCCCCAGAAAGGAACAUGUACACAGCCGAGUAUCAGUAUCCUCACAGUCAGAGACAACCCCCUCCAGUGAGCAGCCGAGCUUCUGCCAGGACCCAAGAAGUAUCAACUACGGCCUUUCAAGUGGUGAAUUAGAAUCGCCGGAUGAUACAGACAGUUUGCAAUCUACUGACCCAGCUACACAUGUUGGUCCAACUCCCCAUGGAUUCACAUUUUUGGAGCCGGUAACCACACUGGACAGUGGUGCCCAGAAGAGUCGGAUACAGCUUGGCAGGAAAACAUUACGUCGGGCACCAACAAAACACAAGAAACCAGGCUCUGGAGACCAGCCUGAUGGCAUAGACCAGUUCCUCCAAAAGGGCGAAGAUUCCUGGAUGUAUAAAGAUUCCACCGAAUCCAGGCCACCUGUACAGGAAGAAUUGAUUGAACAGGAUGUUAGUAGAACCCAGAAGCUUACAAUAACACAGUGUCCAAGAGUCGCAAUGUUUCCUGGGAUGGACCCCUCAGUACUAAAGGCCAGUUUACGGAGAAACCGACAAGAGAAUGGAGAUGAAGAGGAAUCGAGCUGUGAGCAGCAAUGCAGAUCCUGCAGCCCUCCUGCUCAGCAAGGACUCAGAGUGCUACCAACUACAACUAGCAAAGGGGAAGGGUCAGAGGAAAUGCCUCCUCCUUGGCUACAGGAGCUAAAAUCAAAGAAAAGAUUGAGUCAGCAUCAAUCAGACAGGAAGAAUGAAUGAAUGAGCCCCAAGAGGAAAAUGAGUCUGAUACAAGCCUUAACUGUCCAACAACUUUAAAAAGAAAGAAAAAGAAAAAAAUAUGUGCUGCUGCUGUCGCUUCCUGCCUCGCUACCUGCAUGGUGCCUUCCCAUAGUAAUUUGUGAAUAGGCUGCUUAAAAAUUCAUACAUGAAUCAGAAUAAUGCUCUAUUUUGUCAGAUGCUAGGGUUCAUUGCCUGAAACCCUAAGAAAUGUCACUUUAAAACAAAUAAUAAAUAAUAAAAAAAAAUCUAAUGGCUGUGAUUGAGCUGGGUGCUCUCCACAGUGCUUCAGUUAGGAGAGGGAUAGUACGUGUAGAGAGAAUUUGACCCAGGAAGUUCGGGUGUACAUGGCCACUCUCGCCUACUGAAACUACAGCUAUUCAGGAAAUUCUUGGAUAGUAUUCUCAUACAAAGAGCAGAUGAACCGAAUGCAUUGGAAUGAAAUUCACCACUCACCUGGCUAGGACUAUGCUACAUUGUUCAUUUUGUCUGAGAACUGCUGAAGCUUUGGUGCCAGUGGCAUUCAAACGAAAAGAAGGUUCUAAAAUUCAAUUCCUUACUUAAACAUGUUUGCAUCAUCUUUCUGGGCGACCCUAUUUCAUCAUAAUAUGACGGUGAGCUCCUUAUAAUGUACAUUUUUACAUCAUUGGGGUCACGUAUGUAGCAGUGUAUGUGUAUAUCAGGAGUGUAAGUAUUAAACCACUGAUCACCUUCCCUAUUCACCAUAGUGCACCUGAAAUUGAUUUGUAGAAUCCUUAGUUCAUUCACUCCCCUUGAACUCUUAAGAAGAACUAGAUAAUGUGUGUCUGUUCUCUGUUUUUAUAAAAUGUAAGCAAAAGGACAAAGUGUUUACCACCAUGACAGGAAUGCAAGCAUGACUGACUGGUAUGUCACAAUUCGGUGGGCUAGAUGUAGAAAAAUCUUUGCAAAGUACUUGUAUCAUUGGCAAAACCUUUUUCUUUUUGAAUACUGAUUUUUACAAGAAACAUUUGUCUGUUUUAUGAAUUAGUCAAAUAUCUGCCAACCCGCCAGGUAGGCAAAAUGCCUUGUUAAAAAAUUGUGCUUCUGUUCCAAAUGUAGAGGAAUAUUUCUCUUUUUUUCCUUCAGGUGCAAGGAGAAAAGCAAUAACCUGUUAAAACUUAGUAACUGCACAAAGCGGUGUAAAUAUUUGUACUAUUUUUUGGUUUGCCUUUGUAAACAAGUUGUAAAUCUGGCAAGGAAAAGGCUGGCUUGAUACCUGAAAAUGUGGCUGACUGGAGCUCCAACCCCUUGACUGUCCCCACUGAACAGUGAAUACCUCCAAGACAUAGGGUGGCCAGGCAUCUGGUUUUUAGCCAGUCUGGCCAUUGUCCGGUACACUAUUUUGACUUGUAGUCCACUUUCCUCAGUAAAGCACUGGCAUGGGCCUGUGCUGUUAAUAGGAUCCAAACGAAUUGGUGAAGCCAAAACCAUGACACAGAGUUUUUCCUUAUCAAGAAAGUUCAUUGAUUUGUUCAGUCUCACAGCUCUCCUCCCAUUCCACCCAGUGUCCCAGCUAUCCCCAUUUAUCUUUUUAAUGAAACAAAAAAAUUAUUAAAAUAACAAAUUAAUGGGGAGUGAUGGCCCCUAAUGGGGCACUGCAUCUAAAUCAAAACUUCAACGGAAACUUACAAAAUCAAAUUAAAAUAUUGUUCCCGGGGCUGAUAAGGCACCCCAGCUCUCGCAGUACCACUGGUUGCGGAAGGUCUCAAGCGUAACAGUGGACACUGCGUGCUCCCUCUCCAGGGACACUGGGCCACCAAUAGACCUGCGGUCCCCAUUUAUACUCUUUUAGUAAAACAAAACUCAAUAAAUUAAACCAAAAUCAAUAAAUGAGAGGGGUUGUUGGUGCCCCACUAGGGGCUAUAACAAAAAUCUAAAUGUCAAAGGAAACUUAGCUAACUAAACCAAAAUAUCAUUCCGGGGGGGUGGGGGUGGGGAAGACACAAUGUACCCCAGUCCCAAGGUGCCCACCGAUCGCAGUAGGCCUCUAGCGUACUGGUGGACACCGCGUGCUCCCUCUCCAGGGCCACAGGCCGCGAACAUAGCUGUGGAUCCCCAUUUGUAGAUUCUUUUUAGACAAACAAAAUCAAUAAAUUAAAUAAAACCAAUAAAUCAGAAGGGGUGAGAGCCCCUGGUGGAAUCCCCAUUUAUAUGUGCUCGAAGAUGAUUAAUACCCAUCACCUGUUUCUCUUAAGUGUAACAUUGUAAUUGACAUUUACAAAUCUUUAUAAUGUAAUUAACAAGUUAUUAAUACUUUCCCCACUCGCAGCUGCCUCAAUGUGACAGGGAUGCAAAAGUCAGAUUUGCUUUGAUAAUUUCCGCCCCCCCCCCCCCCAAACAAGCGUGGAAUCUCCAAAGAGAGAGAUCAUCGCAUUUGUUGACAUCACCCCCUCAUGUGGUGACGUCACACCUGUACUUGCUGAUAUUGACCUCGUGCAUCCUGACAUCAUCCCACGUGUGAUGGCAUCACCUGACCUCCAUCACAAAGGUGUCCAAUCUUAGUGGCCUUUAGCACAGGCCACCCUACCAGGACAUUAAGACAAUAUCUGAAUAAGGGAGAUACCAGGCAAUCAGUCAAGAGCUCCACCAUUCAUUGGGAUAAAAUAUCAGACAGCAGGUCAAUCCACUUUUCAACCUCUUCCCAAGUACCAAUAUUGACAGAAGCUGAGGGCUAAGUUAUCUGUCUGCCCUCGCCCUCAGACAAUGUUGCAUGAUGGGAGGAGCUACAGAAAAGUGAAUAAAAGGAAAUUCCAGGAUUUAAAAUAGAAACAAUGUAAGAAUAGUAAGAAGUGUGGCACCAUAUUCAACCAGCAUAUCCUUUAUUACAGGCCUAGGAAUAAUACAUUACUUUCAAAAAUGGAAAAACAAAUGAAGUGAACAUGUCGCUAGUGCAUCCUGCAUAUGCUCUCUUUCUCUAUUGCCUUUUCUUUGUUCCACCCAGUGCAAGUGGGGUUGCAUCAUGAAGUGUAUUUUGGGUAUUACACUGUUAGUGUGCAUAGUUAACAGCUAUGAGGGAUUCCCUGACUCUGAUACAUGUUCUACCACACACACUUAAUGAAUUGUUGGAGAUAAGGAAGGUUGUGUUGCUGAUGCAAUGUUAAAGGGCUUCUGAAUUGUUAGGAUAUGAUUUCAGUUUUUCAGUACCUUCCCUUAACCGGGGCAAGUUUCCAGUCACCCCCACCUUAUCUGGUUGUGAGCUGCCAUAGAUCUUGUGCUAUGUGUUUACAUUCCUACCAUUCUGUAAAGGAACCUGUGGUUACUCCUGUAUCAUAAUUGUGGUUAAGAUCUGGGUUUUGUUUCUCAAUGUUCAGAGAAUGCACUGAAAUGAGACUGAACUCCUGAGUGGAUGUCUGGAUGUUGUAUAUUUUUUAUGGUGAGACAUUCAGAAUAAAGCUUUAUGGAGUGUGAAAUUCCUGUGAUUUUGGCCAAUAUAUGUGCUUAAGCUUCCAUACUGAGAUUAUGUUAAGUGCCUGUCUUUAUACUCACCUUACUCGAGCUUUUAAGAUUGGCUUCUGGUUAUUUGACCAAUUCAAACUUAAGUCCCUGAAUGAAUAAAACCACCCAGUUUCUAGCUGAUGAAGAAGGCUAACAUGGAAACCAUAUCUUGUCUACAUCAACCUGACUAGAUACAAAUUCAUUGUAAUUCUAUCUUUGCCACCUGACUGCAGCCCUGGUUGUCUUUUGACUGGAAUGAAGCUUUUGUUCUAAAAGCAUGAUAUUAACUCAUCGCUGUAUAUAGCGCAUUCCCAAAAUAUCUCACUUGAGUGAUGGGAAUCUUAAUUUUGAAAUGUUGCCAUAAUUGUCCCACGCUCCAUCAGAUUGGCAGGGCAUUCUUAGAUUAAACACUGUUUAAAUUAUCAUGUUUCCUAUUUUGUUUCUUUACUGAUUGGUAAGGAAUACAACACAAACUCACCAACCUAGACAACGUCUUAGGUUUUGUAUGUGUUUUCUUUAUCAUUUAAAGACCAGGUAUUUAGCCAUGUUGCCAUCUUCUUCAUACCUAGUGAUGUAUACUGAAGGGAAGAAUUUCCUGCAGGGUUUUGGACUUCUACCAAAUCAGGAGGUAAUGGAGUUCCUAUGUAAACUUGACAUCUAGGUAAUCACUAAUGUUGCACAAGUCUCCCUAAAUCUUUAUUCUGAAUGUAAGUUUAUGAGAAUUAUAAAGUGUGUUUUUAUAUUUCAAAAGAUCAAUGAUGGUGAAUGCAAUAUCUGUAAUCACUAAAUUUUCCUUUUUUUUUGUAUUUUAGUUUUUCAAUCUGAUCAAAGUUUAUUCAUUAUGUAUAAAUGAGUCCUUUGUUCUGUUUAAUGGAUAAUGAGGUGUGGAAUUCCUGCCUUCCCACCAACAUCUUUUUUCUCCAUUUCAGCCCAUUGAGCUCUUCAGUGCUAGUUAUUGCAUUAAAAGUAAAAUUAAGCCUUUUAAUUCAGUCCCUUUGUGCAUCACAUUCCACUUUGGAACAGUGAUGUCCAUAGCUGGACUGAGCCAAACUUAACUAGUCUAAAGUAGACACCAACCUAGCCAAUUUUCAGUGACAUCUCAAAGAAUUAAUUAAUGUAUUACUCAUUUAUCUAUCUGCUGUUUGGAGGCGUACAUGUGUACCUAUGUCAACUCAGCUGUGUGGGAUUAGAACAGUUAGAAUAGUGAAAUUAAACAUUAAACUAGAAUUCUUCUAGUGCAAUUCCUCAGUCCUUUCUUGUGUUGGCUAGUAUUAGCUGAGCAAGGCCAUUGUGUCCAAUGGGUUUUAUAGCAUAGCAUCCUGAAUCUUAGUCCUUUUCUUGUGUCUCCUCUGACCAGUAAGAUAGGCAGUGCGUUCUCAGACUUCAACCAAUGCUGCUGUCACAUCGAGCACUCAAAGGUAUGUGUAACUCUGAGAUGACUGAUUAUUUUUUUCACCUCUGUAUGGAGAGUUUUCAGGAUUCAACUUGUCCAAUAUUGCCACUGGGGCCUGGCUACUUUGAAUAUCUUUAUAAUUACUUUUACUGCAGGGACUAUCUCAUUAUACAGCACUGAUGACUCAAUGUGGCAUUAGUAUAACACCCACCUACCUUCUCUGCAGAUAUCAUUGAUCACUUUGUCUAUGUCUAAUAACUUCUAGAAAUUGAACAAAUGCACUUUGCCAGCUGUUUUCCAAAUCAUGCUUCACAUUAUGUGCAGGGGUGAUUAUUCAUCAUUAUUCUUUUAGGAUUAGGUAUAAUAUGGUCUUUUUUAACAUCAUCUUAUGUAGAUCACUUAACAAUUGAGUUGACUUGUUUGGUGAUGGAAUUAAUCACUUCAACAGUUUCUGCCUGAAACUUCAAAAAUGCUUAUUGAGAACUUCAUUUUCGCCUCUUCAAGGCCAUUGCUCCAGAAAACUAGUUUACCAUCAGAAUACAUCAUACUAUAUGCUUUCAGUCUAAAUGUGAGAAGGGUGUAUGUAGACGCACAUAGAGGUAAUUUUCACCUUCACCAGAAAAUGGUAAAUUGCUGGAGAAACUCAUUCCUCAGAAAUCAAUUGAAAUGAAAAUUUGAGCAGGCACUGGAACAGAUGGGCAAUCCAUUGCACCAGUUAUCUUCACACCCCCGCCCCAAGUGAUAUAGGUGGAAAUCCUCCUUUGACCUUUCAUUCUAAAGACCUGAGUUUGGAGAUGGUGAAACGAGACAACUCAAAUGCUCUGAAAGCAAGAACAUAAGAUGUGCAGUCAAUGAAAAACCAUUCACCCAUCAAGCUCACAAAAAAACAACAUAUUACGGAAGUUGGACAUCUAAAAUAAGAACAGAAAAUACUGGAGGUACUCAGCAGGUCUAACAGCACCUGUGGACAGAGAAUUAGUGUUAACGUUUCAAGUCUGUGACCUUUCAUCAGAAUUGGGAUAAGUUAGAAAUGUAAUAGGUUAUAAGCAAUUGAAAAGGGGAGAGUGGGGAAAAAAACAAAGGGAGACUCUGAUAGAGUGCAACAUAGGGAAGAUUGAAUGACAAAAGGGUUAAUGAUGCAAGGCCAAAGGGAGGGGGAAUGGGACAAAUAAAAAAAAAAGCAAGAUGUUUAGAGCAGGUAUCCAUACUCCCCAUUUUCAUUUGCUUUAAAACCUAUUACAUAGAAACUUGCAAAUAUUUAUGGCACAAAAGGAGGCCAUUCAGUCCAUCUCUAACUUCUGCUGGUUCUGAUGAAAAGUCUUUGAUCUGAAACAUGGGAUGGAAUUUGACCAGCCCCAGGUGGCAGUUAAGAGCCACCUUGAGACUGCUCAGUUCAAGUGGGAACAGCAGCAGCUUGCCUGUCUGCUGACCUGAGGCAAAUAGUUAAUUUAAUUGAUUUAAUGGCCCCAUUUAAGGGCAGUUUUCCUGGGUUGUUGGCGUUUUACCAGUAGCAGAGCGAUCCAAUGUGGGGAGGACGCCACUGGAAGCAAAUGAUGCCCCUGCGUUCCAAUGCUGCGGCUGGAGGGGUUUCCCCUCCCUUUUCCAGGCCCUGCCCAAUUGGGCCAUGCAAAAAUGUAUUUAAUACUCACCUUUCUGAGGACACCUCAAAAUGGAGGUGCCCUCCCCUUGCUGCCUCAGCAGCUGCCACCUCUCAGUGGCACUGCCAAGGCUCCAGAGCUGCCAGUUGUGUGGAUCAUCUGGCCACCUCCCCCACCUAUCAGCUCUUAAUUGCCUCCGCCUGGCAAUAUUGUGGGGGAAGCUCCUCCUCCUGCCCGAUUGUUCCAGCCACCCAAAAACCAGCUCAACAACAGGACCUCUGCUGAUUUGGCAAAACUUUGCACAUUAAUUCUGUUUCCCUCCACAGAUGCUGCCAAAUCUACUGAAAAUUCCCAGCAUUUUGUGUUCAUGUUCCUGGUUUCCAGCAUCUGCAGUAUUUUUCUUUUGCAUUAUUGUCAUCUUUUUAAUAUUUCAACUCUCCCACCCCAGCAUAGAGUGCAGCUUGAAUGCUCCCCAUGUCUUUGAUUCAGUGGAGGAACAAAGUGCAUAAGGCAUGCCUUCACAUCACUUUGUACAGAUUGCAAAGUUAGUUUGUUUUUAUUAUCUCCACAUGUAGAAAAGCACACGCUUACUCAAAGUUUACCAAGUUGAUCUUUCAUGAUAGAUGCUAUAACUCAGUUCUGUUUGAACCAAAUGAAAGGGGCACAAUAAUGCAGCUUCCUUCCUGAUGUUGGCUUGAGACUGAUAAUGAACGAAAUUUUGGCACAAUGUUGGAUCUUAAAUAGAGUUGCAGAUUGUCUGUAUUGUAAGUGGCUAAUAUGCACUUAUUAAUGGACAAAGCAUUUCACUUUACCAACACUUUUACAAGUCAUUGAGGAAAGGAACAUGUUUCCUCCUGACUAUUUUUUGGGCAUGAUAGCUGUUAAAACUAAAGUUGUGAUGCAUCUGUAUUUCCCCAAAUGAAUAAGCUCAACUUCAUAAAAAAAUAAGAAUGCGUACAGACAGCAGGAAGUCAAACUAAUUUUGCACAAUGGUUAAAAAAAUGAUCUCCAUCUUCUCUCCAAUGUGCUGCAGGGGUCUCUGUAGCCACACAACAGUAAUGUUUGUUUCUAAUGAAACCUGCUGUCAUUUGGGGAAAAUGAGAAUAACACCUCAACCACAAUUUUCAAAGUAACUUUUUAUGCUAUUAUCCUAAAAUUCUACCAAUAUAGAUGUAAAAAUUCUGAGAAUUUAUAGCCUUUUCAGUACACAGUAUGAUGUCAAGGCAUCUGCUGCUGCAAAAUUUUAACUACCUGCAUUUGUUCUGGAUGUAGCGCAAGUCGAAAAGGUUUUGCAUUCUGAAAGGUUUUACUAAAUUACAAAACUGUUAGGUAUAAUUUUAUUUGUGAUUGCAAUAGUAAAAUUGUGGAAUCAAAGUUAAAGAGUUAAAAAGAUCACCAUCUUAAUAGAAUGCAAAGCCUGAAUAUACAACCACAAACCACCCAUCAGUAUAUCAAACCAGUGAGCAGCAUGGCCAACUUGUUCAGGACCAAACUCAAAUGGAAUGUGGAAGGUAAUGUUUAGAGUUGCUCUUUAUGGAAUCUUAAAUUAUGUGCAUUGGACGGCAUCAGUAUCUAAGAUAAAGCUGCAGUAUGCCAAAAAAUUAUUCAAUAAUUUUUGAUUUGGACAAAAGCAUGAGAUAAGGGAAGAAUUUUAAACCCUGGUACAGGAACAAGGGCAAGAACUUUCAACUUGCAGCAAUAAUUUUUUUAUAUUGGGGCUAAAUUUUAUGCUCUUCACCACCCCAAUUAAGUCCGUGGCGGAAGGUCCAUCCACAGCCUUAUCACCUCGCUGCCAAUUGAGGCCCGUAAAUGGCCACUUAAGGGGCUCAUCCUGCCACCACUGGUAUUGAACCAAUCUCAGGCGGGCCUGUCGCGUCACAGAGCACAACAAGCAAACCUAUGCACAGGGACUGAUUGAGGGACCUGACAUUGGGAGGGGUGGCUAUUGAGAACCACCCUCUGCUCUUGCUGUCAAACCCCCUACACCCCACUUUGCCCAUUUCACGAAAUCCCUUCAGCCAUCACUUAUCACUCAGGCCUAGGUCACUGUGCGAUUCUGGGCCUCCAGUGAGUGUAUUUCCUGCAGUAGGCACCCCCUCCCUGGUGGCACUGCUGAGCAAAAGAGCUAUCAACCUCUGAUUGAUGGGCAGGACUUCUAACCCCUGGGGUCUUGAUCCCAUUGAAGGCCUGCCAAUGGUGUGUUAAUUGCCUGAUUGGCUUGUAAUUAGGUGGGCCUUCUCAAAGGAGGCAACUUGUCGGCUCUCCAACUCAUCACCUCAAUAAAAUUCCCUUCUUGUUCUUGAGAUGUGACUGUCAUUGGCAUUUGUUUUCCAUCCCUAAUUGUCCUUGAACUGAGUGGCUUGCUAGGCCAUUUCAUAGAGCUUUUAAGAGUCAACAACAUUGUUGAGAGUCUGAAGUCACAUGCAGGUCAGAUGGGUAAGGAUGGCAGAUUUCAUCCCCUGAAGGACAUUAGUGAACAAGAUGGGUCUUUACCAUUAUUGAUACUAACUUUUUCAUUCAGAUUUAUUUAUUGUUUUUAAAUUCACAUUUGCUGUAGUGGAAUUUGAAGUUGUGUUCUCAGGGCAUUGGCCCAGACCUCUGGAUUACUAGUAAUAUUACCAUGAUGCUACCCUCCCUGCAAAGGCUAAAGCAAAGUAGUAUCAUUAAUACUCCACCUCCUGGCUAUUGUACAGUUGUCUUGGUAAGGUAUUGAAGAAAAGAGAUGGCCUUUAUGCUAUUUAAAUUUGAACUACUUGGAUUGCAACUAAAUACCUACAAGUAAUGGAGGUGAGAGAUGAAAACAGUUGUUUCAGUUGAUUGAUUUCUCCGUUUCCUAUCCCGAAAGGUAUUCUGUCCUUAUUGGGGUGUUUUUGCAGAAACUGUUGCCUUUUGCCAUCUCAUUCAAAUGGCUAUUUAUGUAUGUUUACAUAUAAUGAGCAUCAAUGAUCAAUGAUGACAGACUGUUCAUCCUUCAGAACCAUUACAGCAGAGCCUGAAACUGUCUUUGAUUCCAUAAAUGUGCUCUUCCAGCAAAUUAUUACAAAUGGGAACACUAGUAUUUCCCUCCCUGAACCAGGCCUAACACCAACUUGGCUGACAUUAGCUAAAUCAAUAAAAUUCAGCAAUCAAACUUAUGACUUUCCUAAUCUGUGUGGCUCAUCACUGAUAAAGCACCAAGCUUAUGGGGCAGGCCCAGUAAUUUCAUUUCUAUAAUUUGGCACGAAUAACUUAUCAGGAGCUGAUAAAUUGUUUGGGUUUAAUUACACAUUGGCGUUCCUUUAGACUUGACCACAUUAGGGACUGGGGGGAUGCAUCUGAAGAUAGUAGGAAAUGUUUUCAUUGUACUGCUGGUUGAUGGGCUGCUUCCUGUGUUAACCCCUUCAUUGCAACUCUUGACUGGAAUAAGCGGGGUAAUGAUCGAGUUCCAAAUUGCUUUUGAACGGGUACAUUUGUAUUUCAAAUCUACCUUAACAUUUAUUCCAGAUUCAUUUUGUGCCUGAUUGUACAUAUUGAAUUUGAGUGGGAGGUGGCGGAGGUGCGGGGAGGAUGGACAGUGAUGUGGAACUAGAUGGAAGAGAACAUUUUUUUUAAAGUGUUUUAAGAUAGGGCCUGCUUUGUUUUAAAGCACAGUAGUUUUCAGAAUGCGCUGAAGCUGCAUUGCUGAAUUAUUGAUAUUCUAAAUGUGCAUCUAGAGAGGGAAAUAGUACAGCAGAUAUUAACCAUUUUCAUAUUUGUGUUGUACCAAAGUAUAGCAUUUGGAGGAAGUCGUACCAAAGCUUCAUGGCCCCUCUAAUUUUGACUUUCCCCAUAAGGAGGAAAUAUAAUUUGUGUUAAUUAUGAGGUGGUCAGUGUCCUGUGAAAACUGGAUCAGGCACAACAUCUGACAUCAGGUUGUCCAUGUUCUGAAUUAAUCCAUUUGGAGUCUUCAGAAACUAGGGAAUACACUCUUCCCCUUAAUCCAUUUGAUUGUGUGCCAAUAUAGGAAAUUUAAUGAUUCGAAUUUUAGAAUGUUUUCAAUAUUAGAGGGUAAAUAGCGUAAGAUACAAAUCUUGUCAAAACAAUAUAACUCAUUAUUCAGGAUUACGUUCUUGGAUUUUGGGGUUAGGGAAGAAUAAACAGUCAACUGUUGUUGCUGACUCUGCAUUACUGCAUCCACUACCAAGUAGCUCACUUGGAAUAAUGGCAUCAUGUUGAUGUGAUGGAGCUAAUUCUAUUUUAGAUAUUUUAACUGCUGAACAGCAAUAGAAAAUGUUCUAUUGCUUUGGGUCAUUUUCAUAAUUACUCCUGGUGCAUGGGCGGUGAUUAUCUGUCUUGGUGUCUAUUUGAGGGUCUUUGAUGAAAUGUAUUCAGAAAGCCUUGAUCCACAUCCAGCACAAAACCUAUUUACAAUGCUGUACGAGGGAUAGAUGAAUGAUCUACGUUGUACAAAAAGACUCAGUUUGAGUUUAGUCACCAUUCUAACCGUGGGCAGUAAUUGAGAGCUACUGAUUUCCCGACCCCUACCCCACAUGAGAAGGAGCUUGUUUGGUUUGUACGUGGAACACAGUUGCAGCUUUGUGUUAGAGGAUGUGGUUUAAAUGAUGGUUUCUGUUUUCCUGAUGCUUGUUCCAGACAGCCUUAUCGAGCUGUGUAAAUACAGAUCACAGUAAGAUUAAUAUAUUGUGGUAUUAAAUUUUUUGUACAACUUAGUUUCAUAUGUAAUAAAAAAAACUUUAUUCUGAA